AUGGAGUUCCGUCGCCGCUCCAAGCGCAGCCCACUCUCUUCCGCUGCCCUCCUGCUCGGCCUCCUCGAUUCUACCAUCGCCAUUCCAUACACCCCGUCCUCCAUCUUCCUCUCGCCAUCACACAAUGACUCUCUCGCCUAUCUGCUGCAGCCCAGCAGCUCCGCCACUGGCAAGACCGAGUUCCUGUCGCUAAGCAUCUCCAUGAUCCUCGACUCGCAAAACCCCACCUACCACACCUUGCUCUCGGCGACCCCCUUCCAGACUACGGAGGGUAAUUCGACCUUCAUCCCCGUCAUUGACGAUCGCGGCAUCAUUUCAGUCUACACCGGAGACUGUCACGAUGGAUCGGGGACCGACUCCUUGUGGCAAUUCCAGCCUGACAACACCAGUUCGAUCGGCAAUGGAUCUUGGACCCAGCUCACGGUGGCCUCGGAAGAGGGAAGUACAAGACCGAAUUACCUGGCUGCCGGAUUCUCAUUCGUGCCCAACAACACGACUGGAACUACCUUCUACUCGUUUGGUGGGAUGUGUCCCUUCGCAAACAGCACAGAUGAUACCUGGAUCUAUGCAGCAAACUAUUCGCAGACCAUGGUUGUCAUGGAUCCUGAUUCAAGUCACGCCUCUGAAUACGAUGCUAGAGUUACUGGAGACCGCGCACCCCCUGUCCCCGAGGCAGGAAUGGUCGUAGUUCCAUUUUCAGAGAUGCAUUCGCGGACCCAAUCCCAACAAGACUUCCUGUUUAUCGGCGGCCAUACCCGAGAGGCCUUUCUCAACAUGUCCCAGCUGGCCAUAUUCUCGGUGCCACAAGAAAGCUGGGCCUUUGUCAGUGUCACCUCAGAUCCUAAGCCCAGAACGGAACUGGCUGUACGAGAUGCUGUAGAGGUGGAACCUCGAUCUGGCCACGCCGCUGUGCUGUCCCAGGAUGGAACGAAGGUUUAUGUGGUUGGAGGCUGGGUAGGAGACACGUCUACGCCUGCGGAUCCUCAAUUUGCGGUUCUUCAUAUCGGCGAAGAGUAUGGCGGCACGGGUGAAUGGGCCUGGACUGUGCCCCCCUGUGAGGGAGUGGGGAUUGCCGAGGGAACUGGACUGUUUGGUCACUCGGUGGCCAUGCUCCCUGGAGGUGUACUGAUGAUUGCUGGAGGAUACACUAUUCCCAAGCAAUCAUCGUCCAAACGAGCGACGUCCCUGGCGGAACGUAACUCGCAGGUAUAUCUCUACAACACAACCUCAAGCAGCUGGGUGAAUUUUUAUUCCGAUCCCUCUGUCAGCUAUGCGUCCACAGAAGCAUCCCACCAUUCCCUUUCUUCCGGUCAAAAAGCAGGACUUGGAGUUGGGCUAGGUCUCGGAAUACCACUUGUCAUUACCAUUGCCCUCUGUGUAUGGAGAUACCAUCGGAAGCGCACCGUCCGAAGCAAGCGUGACUCACAACUCCGCGAGUUGGCCCUCGGCGCUGAACGUGCUCAUUUCUGGACUCGAGAUGAGCCUCACCAGGCGAGUAGUAUACGCGGAUCGCAGAUGAGCGAGAAACAAGAGCCCGCAGCCGCUUCCCCUUGGUCCGUGAAUCGAAGUGUCGCAUCGCGGCCGGGAUCCUGGAAAGACUCCAAUGAUGGCCUUGCAGAAAGAACUGGUCUGCUGGCGGACACUUCUCCUACUAAAGGGACGCGACCCAUGAGCCAACAAAGAACGUAUCGUCCAUCUAGCUACGCCGAUUACCGUCGCAGCGAUACGACGAGUGAGAUUCACCCGAUUGAUGAACGCGAGGAAGAUGAGGCGAUGUUCCGGGAACGGCUCAUGGCAACAAUUCCAAAGGACACGAAGCCUGCCGUCCAGGAGCAAGAGGAUCCAUUCGCAGACACUCCGUUUGUGACGCCACGGACCACCAUCUUUGGUGUCGGCCUAGGGCCGUUCUACAGCCGCCGAAAGGAUAAUGGCUCUGUAUCAGACGGCCGUGCCUCUCCGGCUGGAAAGAGCGACAGAACAUCCACCAAUCUGUCUGAGUCUUCAGCCUUCUCCUUCUGCUCCGCCACAACCAAGCCCACCGGGCAGGUCUCACAGGCUCGCGCAGUUCUCGUGGAAAGACCCCUGAGCUGGGGCAGCAGCGCUGAACAACUCGCAGCCGGAUCAACGCACAGCGACGCCGAUGGCAUGAACGCUCCCUCGGUGAAAUCCAUCUCAACGGACUCCUACUCCACCGCUCAAACCACCUUCUCCCAACGCCAGGCCGAGAACGAGUCUCUCCUCCACGAUACAAACGAACUCAUCACCCCUAUCACUCCAACCGAAUCCUCACCCUCCAAACUCCCCGCAUCAAAGCCCAGGACAUCAGACUGGAUGCUCAACACCGUCCGCCGCGCUCUAACACUCACCCGUCGCAGCGGUACCUCCACCCAGCGCGACGACGACGUCGAUGAAACAGCCUACCUAGCCUCGGGCAUCGACCGACGCAGCACCAUCCUAGCCACAAGCUCCCCAUCCAUCGGCAGCGGCGCCAACGCCCCCCGCCGCGCAGUCAGCGCCUCUGCAGAACUCUUCCGCCGCAAACAAGGCGCGAAGGACUGGAACGCGAAGAAGCGACUAUCCGAGGGGCCCGUUGCCAUGUCUCGCGGUACACGCGAUGACCUCUUCAUCGGGGCACCGGGUUACCUCGGUGACGACGAGACCUGUGACGAGUACGAGGAUGAUUGGGAUGUUGAAGGUGCGGCGGAGGGUCGCAGUGUGCAGAUGACAUAUACCGUGCCUCGUGAGAAGUUGCGGGUUGUCAAUGCUUCGGCGCGGGAUAUGGAUAAUAUCUCGGAGCGUUCGAUUAGUGGUGGUGCCAGGCGGAUUAGUGACUCGAUGGGCCAGCGACGGGUUAGUCGCUAG